AUGCCAUUCCUCUGGGUAUUAUUCCUAUUUAUAAGGCACAGUUUAGCAGAGUCGGAAGAGCCUGGGAAGAGCGAAAAAAACGUCACUCUUGACCUCCUUGCUAUUGAUUCUUCCUUUAUAGAAACUUUUACCAGGAAGCCAUAUGGAAUAAACACAAGGAUACACGUUGCCAAAGAUGGUUACAGGAUACUCUCGGUCUGGGAUGGACAGAGCCUGCUCUGGACCUCCUCCAAUGGCUAUUGCUGUGAUCACGUUUCAGUCGUUAGAUUCAAAGAGAAGAGUGGCUUUUCCACAGCCUUUGUGGCAAGACUAGUAGCCGUCUAUGCCAGUGAUGGUAAAGGUGCAAAGAAGCCACUCUACUAUGAAAAGGAUGGUGAGAAAUGGGAAGCUGUUGAGGAAGAAAAGUUUUACAAGAGUUUUCAUCAUGAGGCACUGAAGACAUCCACAUUGAAGAACCUGGUCUUGAACAUGAGUGGAGAGAAUAAAUCACCUGAAUUCUUGUCCAGUUCUCCGGACUUCCCAUUCCUUGUCUAUGCACCAAAUGUGGGUUACCGCAUUAAAAAGGUGACUUUUGGGACAGCCAUGCGAAUAAGAAAUAACAAGCUUUAUGUGAUGUGGUCAAGAAGCUCAAAGGAUGAGCAUUGCAUUUACGCUUCCUUUUAUCCAAAAAAGGAUCCAAAAGUUGGUUACCUGGUUAUAGAAACCAAGAAUGGUUUGCAGGAGAAGUUUUAUGCUAAGACGGGUACCUUUGGAGGAUGGAGUACUAAGACAAAGGAAGACUACUUGACUAGGCUGAAACAAGCUGGAUUUAAGGAAUCAGGGUUUAACAAUGAGAUUACAACAGAUGUUUUCAACAUGAACAAGAGCAACUUUUACAUCAAGGACCUGGAAUUUCAGGGUAAUUUUGUGCAUUUUUGUACGCCUUGCGUCGGCUUAAGACUACGAUCCAUUGUUGACGAUGACAGUGUCGUAUGGAAAGCCUCUGAAGAAACCGAGCGAUGCACUUUCAUGAACCUAAUUGCUAGAGGUGCAUCAGCUGUUCUUUUUAUUCUUGUUGAGGACCCUGUAAAUGCUCGUAAGGUUUUAUAUUUCAAGAAGGACGUAGGUGGUUGGAGUCCCACUGAUAAAGAUGGCUACUAUUAUGCUCUUACGGAACAGAAUGGUCUAGAUCCUUUACGAAGACUUGAGAAUCAAAAGGUCAUUAUGAGCAGCUUUACAAAUAGGCAAGGCCUAAGGCUCAUCAGUUAUACCUCAAAGGUAGACAAACCAAAAGGCAAUGUCAUUCUUGUCCAUGGUGUUCGUUCCCAUUUCACCUCAGAGUUCUGCGCAUCGAGAACGGAGUGGAACUUCAAACACCUGGGAUUCUCCAUGUUCCAAACUCCAGAUGAUAUAUUCUCACGAGAAACGAAGCAAAGUACCAACAAUAUCGUAUUGUACAGAGAGAUUUUUGAACAUGCCAGACUAGAUGGAAUGGAUGCCUUUGAGGUGACUCCCAGAUAUGACUAUAGGCAUAGCUUUGUAGAAUUUCUAAAUGGGCUUGGUUACAAUGUCUACGGAUUUGACCUGCAGUCUUUGGGCCUUUCUGAAUCCAUCUCAGCACCAAGGUGUCAUGUGACUGCUUUCAAGGACUACAUUUAUGAUCUCUUGCAAUUCAUUAGCAUUGUAAAGAGAGGUAAAUUUGGAGAUCCUAGUGAAACAUGGGAUGAAGAUUUAAUUUAUGGACAGAUCCCAGUGGAUAAAAAGACCUUUCUCAUGGGCCAAUCCAUGGGCGGAAAUAUUGUCUUUCAGGCUAUUCAGAAGUUUUACAGGAAUGCAAAAGAGGGAACAAGACUGGUAGACGGCCUAAUUGUCACCUCUGGAAUGUUUAAUGUGGACAAUUAUUUAAAAGAGUGGAACAAGAUAGCGCAUCUCCUUUUACGCUUUCAUGCAUGGCGGUCACCAGAAAAGACAAAUGCAUAUGAGGGAUUUUUGAAUUAUGGAGAAAUAUUUGAACUCUUCACUAGGUAUCACGAUCCAUUCUUUCACACGAACUGGCUAACAUUCAAGACCACCGUUUCCAUGUUUAGUGCAUGCGAUGAUGUGAAGAAGUCCGAGAAUAUGGUAAACUACCCUAGAAACCUACCAACACUUUUUAUUCAUACUAGAGACGAUUACAUUUGUGGAAUAAAUGGACCAAUUGAUAUACUUGAGCGUAUAGCUAGCUCUGAAUACACAAGACUUAUAGAACUGAGUGGCUCACUUCACUACAUCACAGCCGACCAACCAUUUUUUAUCAUUAAACCACAUAUUAAGGAAUUGCUAGACCAAUACACGUAA